CGCAGCACCCCUGUGGUAGUUGUAGUCGGACCGCCAACGUCGUAUCCUUCCCCAAAUCGAAGUUUAUCCUCCUCUCAUCGAAAGAUCGGGAACCCCCGUUGCUGCAUCAAGUGGUAUCAGAGCUCAAGUUGCUCGGUGAGAGAUUUUAUCACUUCUUUGUUUUUACCUACAGCCCAAAAGAAAAACCACUAAAAUAGGUCAGACCCGAAAUCACCAAAACAUGUUGAGCCUUUGCUGUUCUACUUAGUCUUUGCUUGCUGAGUUUUCGAUUGCAUCGAUUGGUUGAGUUGCUGGUUCUAGUAGUUUAGUCCUUUAGAGUUUCGAGUUCUGCCCACGAAUUCGUCACCGCAAACACUUCCACCAUCACUUCUUUUAUCUUCAUCCCGCUGCCACCAUCACCACCAUAUUCACCACGAAAUCCACCUCCAACCCCACCAAAUUUCGUCCACCACAACCAGCAGCACCCUCAUCACCACAUCAGCCACCCCCAAAUGCAUUUAUUGCUGCCUCCACCAACAGCCAACCCUUUUGCAACUUUUUGAAGUGAAUCAGCCCUUCCCAAGAAAGCAUUUAAGUGCUCUCACUUUUGACUUGUUGGCUGAAUCAUGUAACUAGCCAACCAACCCAUCAUUACUUCUUGUUUUGAUUUGUUGGCUGAAGCUUGUGAAAUUUCGAAAAUGUUUGAGAAAAGGUUAUUUUGCUAAGGCUUGUUUUGACUUGUUGGCUGAAGCUUUGAGCUUGCUGUACAAAAAAAAAAAGAAAGAAAAACAAAAAAAAAGAAAGAAAAAAAAUCAGAAGUGAAGAGAAGGAAAAAAAAAAAGGAAGGGAAGAGAGGAAGUUGUUGUUGUUGCUGUUGUGUUUGUGUUAUUUUCGUGCUAUUUUGAGUGGCUACGCUUGUGACUAGGCUCGCGUCUCUAAAGGGUUUUGCCUAGGACCAGCACAAUACCAUCGUUGAAUGAUUAUUCAACUUGCUUUGAUUAAUGUGGUUCUAGCUGUACCUUGAUAUUACUUGCAGCCACCUAUAGCUCCACAAAUUUUUAUCUACUAUAUCACAGGAUCGUGUUUGUUGUCGGCUCCAGUACUACUAACCGUUGUUGCUGUUCUUGCUGUUUGCCAACGCCUUUUACAUAACAAAGUAAGAACAUGUAAGAACUCGUUUGCACAAGUUUGGUAGAAGUGGAGAUGGACAACACCUAGCUCCAAUAGUUGAUAGGACAUAUUUCUUGUGAAUUGUUUCUUCCCAUUAACCAUGACAGGAGGAUCGGGGGAGCACCCUCAACAUUCACCACGUACGAGGGGCAUCAUACAACAUUUUGAGCGCCAAGUGAGGGAGCAUGCUGAAGGCCUUGAUGAGGAUGUUAGGGUCGCCAAUGAUCGCCUUGGUCAAUUGGAGGCUGCUCAAAUUGACACCAACUCCAAGCUUUCCUCAUUGGAGAGGUCCCUUGUGGCUGUGAACACUUCUCUUGCAGGUAUCUUGAAUACGUUGGAGAGAAUGGGCCAAGAUGGUCAUGAUGGAUCGGCUAGGCGCAACCACAAUGGCCAUGAUGCUAAUAGCAGCAUCGCAGCAAGGGAAGAACUGGAGUACGUUGCUGACACUGAGCAUGAUGAGGAGGUACUUGGUCGUCCACAAAGACAACAGCGCCGGCAGCGCCAUGGCUUGGGCGCUCCACCACGGCGGGAGGUACGUGAUAAUGAUGAUUCUUUAGGCAAGAUCAAGUUUACCAUUCCUUGCUUUGAUGGAAAAUAUGACCCUGAUGCAUAUCUUACUUGGGAGUUAGCCAUUGAUCAGAAAUUUGCUUGCCAUGAUUUUCCUGAGAAUAAAUGUGUUAGGGCUGCUACUAGUGAGUUCACUGAUUUUGCAUCCAUUUGGUGGAGUGAAUUUGUUCGUUCCAAUCCAAAUAACACUCCCCAAACCUGGGAUGCAAUGAAAAGAGUCAUGCGAGCUAGAUUUGUUCCUUCAUAUCAUGCACGUGAUUUGCUGCACAAAUUGCAACAACUUAGACAGGGAAACAAAUCUGUAGAGGAGUAUUAUCAAGCUUUGCAAACAGGAAUGCUUCGUUGUGGAUUGGUAGAAAAUGAUGAUGCUGGUAUGGCUAGAUUCAUGGGUGGGCUGAACCGAGAAAUUCAGGACAUUCUAACCUACAAAGAAUAUAAUUCAAUUAAUCAUUUGUUUCAUCUUGCUUGUAAAGCUGAAAGGGAAGUACAGGGACGAAGAGCUAGCUUCAGGACUAACAUUUCUGCAGGUCGUGCUAGCUCUUGGACAUCUUCUAACGCUGCUGCACCGUCAACUCGAGCAGCAGCACCAUCGUCCUCAAGCAACAAGCUGCGUCCCUCUACAACAAACUCUACACCAUGCCCGAGUGAACCAACAAGAGGGGUUGCUGCUACACCUUCCAAGACCUCAUCAUCAGUAGCUUCAUCAGGAAGGACAAGAGAUAUUCAGUGCUUACGCUGCAAGGGCUAUGGUCACGUGCGCAAGGACUGCCCAAGCACUCGUGUAAUGAUCGUGAGAGCUGAUGGUGGGUACUCCUCCGCUAGUGAUUUAGAUGGAGAAACCUAUGCUUUGCUUGCAACUAACAAUGCACGGGAAGGUGACGCGCCCCACCAAGAUGAGGAACACAUUGGGGCUGAAGCUGCAGAGCACUAUGAGAGCCUCGUGGUGCAGCGAGUGCUAAGCGCACAAAUGGAAAGGGCUGAACAGAAUCAGCGCCACACCUUGUUUCAAACCAAGUGUGUGAUCAAGGAACGCUCUUGCCGCGUGAUCAUAGAUGGAGGAAGCUGCAAUAAUUUGGCUAGUGCUGAAAUGGUGGAGAAACUUGCAUUGAGCACACAGCCACAUCCACAGCCCUACUAUAUUCAAUGGCUUAAUAGCAGCGGCAAGGUAAAGGUAACACGAUUGGUAAGAGUACAUUUUGCCAUUGGUUCUUAUCAUGAUUCAAUCAACUGUGAUGUUGUGCCUAUGCAAGCAUGUUCUAUGUUAUUAGGUAGGCCAUGGCAGUUUGAUAAAGAUUCUUUACACUUUGGCAAAUCCAAUCAAUACUCCUUUGUGCAUAAUGGAAAAAAACUUGUGUUACAUCCUAUGUCUCCUGAAGUUAUUUUAAAGGAUGAACUUGCUAGAGCUAGCAAACAAAAAAAUCAGGAGCAUACUAGGAGUGAGCAUCUUAUUGCGGCUAAUGAACUUGAGAAGCAUAAGAAGAAACCCACCAACUCUGUUCAAAAUAAUAAAAAUGAGAUUAAGCUGAAGGGAUCUUGUUUCAUUGCAACAAAAUCAGAUUUGGAUGAAGUUGACACUGACACUGUUGUUUGCUAUGCUUUGGUUUGCAAAGAAACCUUAUUUCCAAUUGAGGAUACUCCUAUUUCUUUGCCUCCUCCGGUCACUAACCUUUUGCAGGAGUAUGCUGAUAUUUUCCCAAAGGAGGUUCCACCGGGGCUGCCACCAAUUCGAGGGAUUGAGCACCAAAUUGACCUCAUUCCUGGGGCCUCUCUGCCAAACCGUGCGCCAUACAGGACCAACCCGGAGGAAACAAAGGAGAUUCAGCGUCAAGUGCAAGAGUUACUCGACAAGGGGUAUGUACGUGAGUCUCUUAGUCCUUGUUCUGUCCCCGUGCUUUUAGUUCCUAAGAAAGAUGGCUCAUGGCGCAUGUGUGUGGAUUGUAGAGCAAUUAACAACAUCACAAUCAGAUAUCGUCAUCCUAUCCCUAGGCUAGAUGAUAUGCUUGAUGAAUUGAGUGGUUCACUUGUGUUCUCUAAAAUUGAUUUGCGUAGUGGUUACCACCAGAUUCGCAUGAAGUUAGGAGAUGAAUGGAAAACAGCUUUUAAAACUAAAUUCGGCCUAUAUGAGUGGUUAGUCAUGCCCUUUGGUCUCACUAAUGCACCCAGUACUUUCAUGAGAUUAAUGAAUGAAGUUUUACGUGCUUUCAUUGGCAGAUUUGUGGUGGUAUAUUUUGAUGACAUUCUCAUAUAUAGCAGAUCAAUAGAGGAUCAUCAUGGUCAUUUGCGUGCUGUUUUUGAUGCUCUACGAGAUGCACGUUUAUUUGGUAACCUUGAGAAGUGCACAUUUUGCACAGAUCGAGUCUCUUUUCUUAGCUAUGUUGUGACUCCGCAGGGAAUUGAAGUAGAUCAAGCCAAGGUUGAAGCCAUACAUAACUGGCCGGUUCCAACAACGAUCACACAACACAAAGGAAUGCAUUCGACACUUUGA